AUGUACAAGUCCAUCAUCUUGAUUGCUUGCGUCCUCAUGGCCGUCAGCUCUGCCGCCGCCAUCGACAGCUCAUACUUCUUCCUGCGCUCCACUGGAAUCGUCUGCAAGAAGGCCCCAUGCCCAUCGUGGGUCGUCUCUGACGUCAACGGUGUCGCCGCCGACAUCACCAUCCACAGCCUGUCAUUCGCCGCCAGAGUCAACCAGACCUCUGUCUUUGAGGCCGGCAACACAAACGCCAUCCUCUUCGGUUUCGUCUCCACCCGCUACGUCUCUGGUGUCGCCGUCGCCACCUUCAACGCCGACCAGGCCUACCGUGUGCUCCCACUCUCUGCCUCCGAUGCUGCCAUCCGCGCUGGUAACUACUACUUCCUCGAGUCCACCGGAAUCGUCUGCAAGACUGCUCCAUGCCCUUCAUUCAGAGUCACUGCCGUCAACGACGUCACCACCUCUGCCAUCACCCUCAACGGAUUCGCUGAGUCAUACACCUCAUACAGCCACUUCGAUGACACCUGGUUCUUCAACAAGGUUUUGACUGCCGUCGCCCCAAGCAAGGCUAUCGUCCAGGCUGAGCUCAUCAACGGCACUGCCUUCAUCCGCUCUGCCUUUGUCAACUUGGUCGACCCAUCCGUCACCUGCCCAGCCCUCCCACUCAUCAAGUGCCAGGCCGACAACGUCCAGGUCUACCACCGUGACGAGAACCGCUGCCGUAUCUCCGAUGGCUGCACCCUCGCUGGCGUCUGCAUCAUGAGCAUCCCCGUCUGUGACGAGGGUUACACUCUCACUGCCAUCCCAUCCGCACCAAACGGAUGCAACACCUACUUCUGUGAUGCCACCUUCCUCAAGCGUAAAUAA